UCAUCACAUGUUCAUUUUUCUUUGUAAAAUGAACAACUUUGUAUCUUUCCUUCAACCACACUUUGGUUGGCAUUUUAUUUCUCUACUUAACUCUUCUGUCUUCCCCUCUUUGUAUUUCUAAAAGAAUCACAAAGAGAAGGUAACAAACAAUAUUUUUUUUGUUGGAAAAAAGAUCAUCAUGGCUAGUUUUGAAGAAAAAGUAUGUGUGUUCAAUGAUAUUGAAUCAAAGCCUCUUGGGGACCUAUGGUUUUUGGAAGAAAGCAGUGACUCUAGGGAAGACUCACCACAAAGGAUAAAUAAUUUGUAUUGGGAAUCUCAGUUGACACUUCUUGAGGAAAUUUUGGAACGAUACCAAAUGACUGGGUCAAAAUUGAGAAAAGAGGUUGAUGGAAUCAUAAACAGUAUCAAAACUUCUGAUUACUGUAGCUGCUUCAAGCCUAAUGACUCUUACAAUUGCACCAUCUGUUUGAGAAGAAGAGUGGCUACUAUACUAUGUGACAGAGGAUUCACUGCCAAUCUUUGUACAUCAAAAUGGAAAGCCACAGAUAAAUUUCCUGGAGGCUCGCACGAGUAUAUCGAAGUGAUUGCAGUCACAGCAACAAGGAAGAAACAAAUACGACUUCUGAUUGAACUGGAAUUCAAGGAGCAGUUUCAGAUUGCAAAAGCAUGUGAAGAAUACCGGAAACUAGUGUCUUGUUUGCCUCAAUUUUAUGUUGGGAAGCCAGAGCACUUAACCACAAUUGUUCGACUUGUUUGUGAAGCUGCAAAGAAAUCAAUGAAGGAGAAGAAAAUGUAUGUAGGUCCUUGGAGGAAGAGUGAAUUCAUGCAAAUGAAGUGGUCAGGUUUCAGGAGCUUUUCAGGAGCUCCUAAUGUUGUGGUAACAGUCAACUGAUUCUUUCUUCCAUUCCAAUUGUAGAUUUUGAAGGGGAAUUUGGACUCAAAACCUCUUCAUUAGUACGUAGAAUUUAUGGCACAACCACUGCAAUGUAGGAUUGUGUUGUGGAGCAUAGUAUACUAUAGACCAUUUGCAAUUUACUGUCCUUUAGGUCAAACUCGAAUGUUAUAUGUUACGGUGUAAUAUAUAUACAUUCGCCUAGAAGUAGCAACUAGUGUGUAUUUGUUGAAAUAUUUCCUAUUUAGUACUAUUUAUUUUCUUAUUUAAGAGUCAUUA